AGAACGGCAGACGUGUGGCUGAGACUCGUUUCACCGCUUGAGAAUCUGUUUUAGACAAAACUCUAGUGCUUUGGUCUUCUUUGUAAACUGUAAAUGGCCGCGUCUCUUCCGACCACUUUAUGUCUUAGCCAUGGUGAUGAGUCUUGCAAGCGUUCACUCACCCAUGGCUAUGCCCUUGCCGUGAAGAGGAACCUAAUGGGUCACUCGCGUAAUACAGUGAGGAGAUUGGUGGUGACGGCUGCGACUGAAGGAUCUAGAAAAUCUAAAGAAAGUCAACCGUCAUGGGCGAAUCCUGACUCGGAUGAGCCACCUCCUUGGGCUAGAAACGAAGGUCCUUCUUCUACAUCACAAGAGAGCUUUGAGGUUCCCUUCUAUGUUUAUCUGCUAGCCUCGGCGAUCACUGCCAUUGCUGCUAUCGGUUCUGUUUUUGAGUACUCGAGUAAGAAUCCCGUGUUCGGGGUGUUGGACUCGGACAGUAUCUUUUAUACUCCUGUGCUUGGUUUCUUUGCGUUUACUGGAAUCCCCACUUCUGUAUUCUUAUGGUUCAAAUCAGUUGAAGCUGCUAAUAAGGAAGCUGCGGAACAAGAUAAAAGAGAUGGAUAUCGUUAAAACUCUUUGCAACUGAUAAAGUGAUUGUUGUUGUUCUCCUCCUCCACAUACUUAAUGAAGAUACUUCUGCUAAUGCAUUGUUAAAUAGAGAUUGUUUCUGUUCACAGUUCACUUCAACUAUGCUUGAAUUGUUGUUAGUAAUUCUAUUAUGUCAAGUUCCAAGGAGUUAA